UUAUUUGAGAUGAUGCAACAUUAUAUUUAUAGCGGUGCGUUGUUGUAAUGUCUUGGCAGAUGUACUGACUGUGUGACGUGAGGUUUUCUGUGGUUGGUGUCGCUGUCGUUUUAUCGUCACGCUUCUUCCCUCAAUUAGCUGGCGCUGUUACUUGGACCCGCUUCCUGUUUCUCAUUAGUCUCUCUCAGGUCGUGAAGUCACUCUAGAUAUUAAUGAAACCACAGAUAACAUGCGACAACUCUAACAGACCAGACUGGAUGUCGUGACUCUCACCUGUAGACGGCAUCAGGUACUCUAUCCUGAGGCUGACGGCAGAGCAGGAUGUCAAACACUGGGAACCAGUCCUGUCUGAUGGGAGCAGAGGACACGCUCUCCUUCCUGGUGUGUGUGUUCCAUGCAUUGGAGGAAUGGGCCGGUCUCGGUCAGGUGGAGGACUACCUGAGUGUGUUGGAGUACCUGCUGUGGGUCUUCACUCCUCUGGCUAUUGUCUUCAUCUUGCCAUUUCUUAUCGUCAUCUUGCUUUACCUGUCUAUACUCUUCCUUCACGUCUAUAAGAGGAAGAAUCAGCUGAGGGAAGCUUACUGCAACAACCUGUGGGAUGGAGCCAGGAAGACACUGGCUACUCUGUGGGAUGGACAUGGAGCCAUAUGGCAUGGCUAUGAGAUCCAUGGACUGGAGAAAAUCCCUGUUGAAGGACCAGCACUCAUCGUUUAUUAUCAUGGAGCCAUUCCCAUCGACUACUACUACUUUCUGGCCACUCUUAUCAUCCAGAAGGGGCGGACGUGUCACUCUGUCGCUGACCACUUCCUCUUCAAGAUUCCAGGGUUCAAGUUACUUUUGGAAGUUUUCAGUGUGAUCCAUGGUCCUCAGGAAGAGUGUGUGCGGGCUCUGAGGAAUGGUCACCUGUUAGGCAUUUCUCCAGGAGGAGUGCGGGAGGCCCUGCUCAGCGAUGAGACCUACCCUCUUCUCUGGGGCAAACGCAAAGGCUUUGCCCAAGUUGCCAUUGACUCUCAAGUGCCAGUCAUUCCAAUGUUUACACAGAAUGUGCGGGAAGGCUUCAGGUCUCUGGGAACGCUCAGUUUUUUCCGCUGGCUGUAUGAGAGGUUCCGUCUCCCUGUAGCCCCCAUCUAUGGUGGAUUUCCUGUGAAAUUCCGGACCUUCCUUGGGGAUCCGAUCCCAUAUGACCCCAACAUAACUGCUGCAGAGCUGUCAGAAAAGGAAUGAUCUGUCUGAGGGACUGGGCCAGUGCCACAGAGAGUGUGCUGAUGCUGAGUCUGCCCUGGUGAGUGCUGUGCCCUCAGCUUGUCCACCAAGAUGAGUGGGAGAUCCUUCACCAUGCAGCGAGAUAACGACAAACACACAAAGGAGUUCAUCACAAGGUCUUAGACUGGCCAAGUCACUGCCCACACUUAAACCUUAUAGAGCUGCGUCUGACCUGCUAAAGAGGAGACUGAAGGCAGUACAGCCCCAAAACAAACAACAAAUGAAAGAGGCUGCAGUGAAAGCCUGGAAGAGCAUCACGGCAGUAGAAUGCAAAGGUUUGGUGAUGUCAGUGAGUCACAGGCUUGAUGCAUUUAUUGAAAUCUAAGGAUUUGCAACUAAAUAUUAAGUCUUAUUCACUUUAAUCCUUUUUAAGUCUGUCUGUUCCAAUACUUUUGCUUACAUGAAAAAUGUUGCGAUCCAUUAAAAUAAUGCCAUCCUCUA